AUGCAUCUCUCUAUUCUUGGGCCGCUAUGUCUGGCGAGCGCCGUCUCGGCCUGGCUCCCUCAGGACCGUGACUUGCAAGCCUUCAACCAGACGGCUCGAUUUGAGAAGCUCGGCAAACGCUUCAAGCCCUCGUUGCCCAAUGGCGUCACCAAAAUCCGCGGCGUCAACUUUGGGGGCUGGCUCAUCUGCGAGCCCUGGAUGAUGCAGAACGAAUGGAGGAACGUCCUCGGCUGCGGCGGCUCGGCCUCUGAGUUCGACUGCAUGAACGACCACUACAAGGGCGGCAACCGAGAGGCCGGCAAUCAAAAGUUCGAGAAGCACUGGCGAGAUUGGAUCAACCCGGAUACCGUGCAGUCGGUCCACGACGUCGGCCUCAACACCAUCCGCAUCCCCAUCGGGUACUGGUCGUACACGGACAUUGUCGACAAGGCCAGCGAGCCCUUUGCCGACGGCGACCGCAUGCUCCCGUACCUCGACGCCGUGGUCCAGAAAGCCGCCGACCUGGGCAUCUACGUCGUCAUCGACCUCCACGGCGCCCCGGGCGGCCAGCAACAAGACGCCUUCACCGGCCAGAACAACCAGCCCGCCGGCUUCUUCAACGACUACAACUUUGGCCGCGCCGAGAAGUGGCUCGCCUGGAUGACGAACCGCAUCCACACCAACCCGGCGUACGCGAGCGUCGGCACCAUCGAGGUCCUCAACGAGCCCGUCUCGCGGCACGACGCCGCCGGCCGCUACCCUGCUCCCGGAGAGGACCCCGGCCUCGUGCAAAAGUACUACCCGGCCGCGCUCAAGGCCGUCCGCGACGCCGAGGCCGCCCUCGGCAUCGCAGACGCCAAGAGGCUGCACGUCCAGUUCAUGUCGAGCAAAUGGGACGCUGGCGAUGCGCGCGCCGCCGCCGCCGUGGCCCGCGAUCCCGCCACGGCCUUUGACGACCACAACUACAUCGGCUUCGCGCUGGGCAGCAGCAACGGCGACCAGCGCCGCCUCAUGCACAGCGCGUGCACCGACUCGCGCGUCGUCAAUGGCCAGGCCUUUGCCGUCACGGGCGAAUGGAGCAUGACGUCCGGCGUCGACUGGAAGGACGCCGGCUUCUUCAAACGCUUCUUCACCGCCCAGCAGCAGCUCUAUGAGAAGCCCGGGAUGGACGGAUGGAUCUACUGGACCUGGAAGACGGAGCUCAACGACCCUAGGUGGACGUAUUCCUAUGCCACGUACCUCAACUACGUUCCUACCGAUGCUGCCGCGCUCGAGAAGAAUGUGUACCAGGAUGUUUGCUCUGGAUUUAGGUAA